CGGUUCUUCUUAAACAGGUCGUCAACCACCUCGGUAGCUUGCUAACCAACAUAGCCGAAAGAUUCAAGCUAUUUAUACGCUUUCGGUGUAUAUUAGCUACUGUGUUUUCGACACACUUCUGUGUCUAAACUUGUUAACCUGUUUCAUUUAAUAUUACGUUAUUUUGUAUUAGUCAGCUAUAGUAGCUGGCUGGUUUAGGUAGCACUAGCCUAGUCGCUAAUGAUAGCAAGCUAACAUCCCCGACCAUGAGUUCACUCAACUACUCUCCUCCUGUUCAAGAAGAGGAGGUCUGCUGGACGGAGAAAGAAGGUCUGUGGCUAAACAUUGUUGUGAAAGAGGAGAAGGAAGAGGAGGAUGUCACAGUUAAACAAGAAUUAGGGGGUGAGGCUGUUACAGUGAAAGAAGAAGAGAAAAACGUUACAGUGAAAGAGGAAGAUGUUACAGUAAAAGAAGAGGAGGAUGAGAAAGAGGAGGAUGCAGUUUUUGGAGUGAAGAAGGAGGAGAAGGGGGAGAUGACUGUCACGUUGAAGGAGGAAGUAGAGGAGGUUGGAGAUCUGUUUCACACCAGAGCUAUACUUAACUAUUGUGGAUCCUCUGGGGAGCCUCAACAACCUCAUGAUGCUGAAGAGGCAGAGAAGAGUCUCUCCAGAUCAGAACAACUCAAUAAACACCUGCAGAGAUCCACAGGGAAGAGAACUCACUGCUGCUCUGACUGUGGGAAGAGAUUCACCUCAUCAGGCAUUAAAAUUCAUCAGAGAACACACACAGGAGAGAAAUCUUAUAGCUGUGGUCAAUGUGGGAAGAGUUUUGGUCAAUCUGGCCAUCUGACGCAACACCAGAGAACACACACAGGAGAGAAACCUUACAGCUGUGGCCAAUGUGGGAAGAGUUUUGGUCAAUCUUGCCAUCUGACUCAACACCAGAGAACACACACAGGAGAAAAACCUUACAGCUGUGGUCAAUGUGGGAAGAGUUUUACAACAUCUCGCUCUCUGACUCUACACCAGAGAACACACACAGGAGAGAAACCUUAUAGCUGUGGUCAAUGUGGGAAGAGUUUUUGUCGAUCUGGAGAGCUGACAGUGCACCAGAGAACACACACAGGAGAGAAACCUUAUAGCUGUGGUCAAUGUGGGAAGAGUUUUGGUCGAUCUGGAGAGCUGACAGUGCACCAGAGAACACACACAGGAGAGAAAUCUUAUAGCUGUGGUCAAUGUGGGAAGAGUUUUGGUCAAUCUAGCCAUCUGACUCUACACCAGAGAACACACACAGGAGAGAAACCGUACAGCUGUGGCCAAUGUGGGAAGAGUUUUGGUCAAUCUAGCCAUCUGACUCUACACCAGAGAACACACACAGGAGAGAAACCGUAUAGCUGUGGUCAAUGUGGGAAGGGUUUUGGUAGAUCUGGCCAGCUGACAUCACACCAGAGAACACACACAGGAGAGAAACCGUAUAGCUGUGAUCAGUGUGACAAGAGAUACUCUGAUAAAAGAUCUCUGAUCAAACAUCAGACAAUGCAUACAUGAAGGAGUUAUUUCAUGAUAUCAAUGAAUUAAUGUCACAAUGUAGAAUGUUUUGAUGUUGUUAGUAUUUUAAGGAAUUUCACAAUGUAGAACCCUAAACGUUUGCCCCAUUCAAUUGAUUUCAGCGUGAUAUGGAUGGAAAAAUCCACGCUCUGAAUUGAAAGAGUACUAUUUGUGAUUUAACAAAAAGUGACUAACACAAAAAGAGUAGUGUUACACUUACCAUGUUGGUGACCCACUUGAAUCAAAAUGCAACACAUCAAAAUGUAGCUAGCUGUUUUCUACAAGUUGUCCUCUAAACAGUGAUGUACACAUUAUUCCCAGAUUCUGUGUGGUUUUUGAGCUUACAUGAAGGAGUUAUUUCGUGAUAUCAAUGAAUUAAUGUCACAAUGUAGAAUGUUUUGAUGUUGUUAGUAUUUUAAGGAAUUUCACAAUGUAGAACCCUAAACGUUUGCCCCAUUCAAUUGAUUUCAGCGUGAUAUGGAUAUUAGCCUUGGAAAAAUCCACGCUCUGAAUUGAAAGAGUACUAUUUGUGAUUUAACAAAAAGUGACUAACACAAAAAGAGUAGUGUUACACUUACCAUGUUGGUGACCCACUUGAAUCAAAAUGCAACACGUCAAAAUGUAGCUAGCUGUUUUCUACAAGUUGUCCUCUAAACAGUGAUGUACACAUUAUUCCCAGAUUGUGUGUGGUUUUUGAGCUGUUAGUUUUAACAUCCUCUCUGCACAAUUGAUUUUGACAUGAUAUCGAUGAGUGAUGACAAAUAAGUGUUGCAUUCCUUUGUUUAGGGACCUCUAAAUUUAAAUGCAUCACUAGCUGACUGUCUUCUGCAGGUUGUCCUCUAACCCAGUGAGGUAAAAGAUAUCUCCCAUUUCCAGGUAUUUUGUUUAGUUGUGUACGUUUCAACAUCAUGUACAUCCUGAUUUCCCCCCAAAUCGAUAUCAGUGAUUUAUACAUGUUACUUUAUGUUCUAUGUUAUGCAUACGAUACAUAUAAACAAAGGGGUGUACAUUUGGGUUUGAUAUUUCAUAUUUACAAUUCAUGUAACAUUUAGUAAUCAUAAUUAUUUAUGUAAUCAACUGACAAUUUUCGGGUAUAAUUAUAUUGACCUUUUUGCCCUUAUUUUAGAAUAUCAGGAUUCAUUCUCUUUUAGAAUACCCCACCUGUUUAAUUUUUGUUGUCAGUGACUUUGUUAGUUCCCUCUUCUAUUUAAGUGACGUUUAUGGUUUUCUUGCUGGGGAAUGUAACAACAAACAAUGUAGUAAAACAAGCUUAUAUUUUGGGUUGUAACAUCCAGUUCUUGCUAAUCAAAGGCAUUUCCUUGAAAUGUUCAUCAGUCUUUCAGUUGUUGUUCUGUUUGCUAUGUAUGUUUUUUAGUUUAUUUUGAUUUUUUUGUGACAAGCUGUUUAAUUAAAGCUUGGUUUGAACAUAUUGCAAAAUAAACGGAACCAAUAAACAGA